CCGCGUCGUUUGACGGCAGGAGGGAACCGGGGGCAGGAGGAAGCAGCAGGGGCUGCAGAGGCGGCUGUCGCGUUGGGCGUCGCGGUCCCGGCGCGGGAGUGAGGCGGGGGCGGCCGGGCCGGUGGGCGCGGGUCCUGCCUCGGCCUCUGGCCUGGCCGCCGGCGCUGGCCGCGACUGCGUACUGCUGCAGGAGGACUUUCUGGCGCACCGGGGGCGACCCCACGUGUAUCUGCAGCGCAUCCAGCUCAACAACCCCACGGAGCGUGUGGCCGCGCUGCAGACUGUGGGUCCCACUGCCGGCCCGCUCCCCAAAGCCUUCACCAGUACCCUGGAGAAGGUCGGAGACCAUCAGUUCCUGCUCUACUCCGGCCGGUCUCCCCCCUUGCCCACGGGCCAGGUGCACCUGGUCGUGGUGGCCGCCAAGAAGCUUGUGAACCGGCUGCAGGUGGCUCCCAAGUCGCAGCUGGACGAGACGGUGCUGUGGGUGGUGCACGUCUCCGACCCCAUCACUCCCCAGGUGCUCAAAAGCAGAGCAGCCAAGGAGCUCAAGGCACUCCAGGACUUGGCCCGGAAGGACAUGCUGGAGCUCUUGGAGAGGCCGGCGGCUGAGCUGCUUCAGGACCACCAGCACCUCUGGGCUCAGCUCUUCAGCCCAGGGGUGGAAAUGAAGAAAAUCACCGAUGCCCACACGCCAUCUGGCCUGACCGUGAACCUGACGCUGUACUACAUGCUGUCCUGCUCGCCAGCCCCGCUGCUCAGCCCCUCCCUGAGCCGCCGGGAGCGAGAGCAGAUGGAGGCAACGCUCAGCUACGAAGACCACUGCUUCAGCGGCCACGCCACCAUGCACGCGGAGAACCUGUGGCCCGGCCGGCUGGUCUCUGCGCAGCAGAUCCUGCAGCUCUCUGACCUGUGGAGGCUGACGCUCCAGAAGCGCGGCUGCAAGGGGCUGGUGAAGGCGGGUGCGCCGGGCAUCCUGCAGGGCAUGGUGCUCAGCUUCGGGGGGCUGCAGUUCACCGAGAACCACCUGCAGUUCCAGGCGGACCCCGAUGUGCUACACAACAGCUAUGCGCUGCAUGGGAUCCGCUACAAGAAUGACCACAUCGACCUGGCCGUGCUGGCAGACGCUGAGGGCAAGCCCUACCUGCACGUGUCUGUGGAGGCCCGCGGGCAGCCCGGCAAGAUCUACGCCUGUGAGGCGGGCUGCCUGCAGGAGCCCGUGGAGCUGACCGCGGCGCCCGGCGGCCACACCUUCUCCGUCAUGGUGACGCAGCCCAUCACACCGCUGCUCUACAUCUCCACCGACCUCACGCACCUGCAGGACCUGCGGCACACGCUGCACCUCAAGGCCAUUCUGGCCCAUGACGAGCACAUGGCCCAGCAGGACCCCGGGCUGCCCUUCCUCUUCUGGUUCAGCGUGGCCUCCCUCAUCACCCUCUUCCACCUCUUCCUCUUCAAGCUCAUCUACAAUGAGUACUGCGGGCCCGGAGCCAAGCCCCUCUUCAGGAGCAAGGAGGAUCCCAGUGUCUGAGGGACGCGAGCCCCGCGCUCGGCCACCAUUUGCACAGACAGCACUGGGCGCCCCGCUGCCGCGAGCGGGGUCCUCCGGAGCACCCACCCUUUGUGCCUUGUCCGGGACGGUGACGCCGGAGCGCUGGUGGACGUGAGUUGGCAUUGGAAGGACGAGUGCCAGGUGGGGAGGGAGCGGCCGCAGACUCCUGAAAGCUUUCUGCUCAGUAAGAUGAACUGAUAGGGAAAUACUUGAAAUUGAACUCCCUCCUUCCUCUCUCCCCGUUCUCCUGUCCCAGGAAGCACCUCCUUUUAAAAAGACUUGUUUAGAAAAUUGUAUUCUUUUCCUUACUUAAUUUUUUUUUUUUUUUGGUACCGGGAAUCAAACUCACGACCUCGAGCUUGCCAGGCAGGCGCUGUGCCGCUGAGCUACAUCUCCGGCCCAGUGUGUUCUUUCUUGAAUGGAUUUCUAAUUUAUUUUUGUUGGGGUCUCACUAGGUGUCUAGGUAGUGAGUGCUGGCGGCAACACCGGACCCCCAGGGGCUCGGCAUCAUCUCAGGGGACAGUGUGGCCCUGCUGUCGCCUGGGUUUGCACAUCGACUCCUCUCAUGAGCUGUGGGCAUCUGUGGUUUUGUACUUUCGCGCUUUGGGGUGUUUAACUUUUUAGUGAUUGAUGAUGGUUGGGUUUUGAAAUACCAAAGCUUUUUUGUUCUGUUUUUAAAUAAACUUCUUUCAAAUUUC